AUGGUGAUCAACACGAACUUCGAUGGGGCGGAGAAAACCGGUUUGGAGGCACAGGGAGAGGGUGACGACCGCACGAGCGGUGGCGGCAGCGGCGGCAAUGGAGGGCAAGGACAAGGGGCGUUGAAGAAGGGGCCGUGGUCAGCCGGGGAGGACGCGGUGCUGAUCGAAUACGUGAAGGCGCACGGCGAGGGUAACUGGAAUGCCAUCAGGAGGAAGACCGGGUUGAUGCGGUGUGGGAAGAGCUGCAGGCUGAGAUGGGCAAACCACCUGAGGCCGAACCUCAAGAAAGGCGCUUUCUCGCCCGAGGAAGAGGCCAAGAUCAUCCAGCUUCAUGCCCGCCUCGGCAACAGGUGGGCUCGCAUGGCCGCUCAGUUGCCUGGAAGGACGGACAAUGAGAUCAAGAACUUCUGGAACACGAGAAUGAAGAGGCGCCAGAGAGCAAAUGAACCUCUCUAUCCUCAGCAAGUUCAACCGGAAGCCACCGUCGCCUACGAUAUGAAUCUCCAGCCACAGCCCGUCCCUACUUCCUCUCUCCACUCUCUACUUGCCCCACCACCACAACAACAACCGACUCUCUCUGCUAAUGUUUAUCACUCAGUUGAUCCUCUCUCAUACCCCAAACCCUAUCACCACCCAGAGAACAUCAUGAACGGCAUCUUGCCCGCGCCCUCAGUCGUCCCUCCUCAUUCUUUAUCAUCGCUGCCGCCAUUCCUAUUCGACUUGGGGGCUUCCGAUCUGAACCUCGUCCUGGACACAUUCAAUAGUGGAGUUGCUUCAGUUGAGCGCAAGCCCAUCAUCACCGACAGGCAGAGAGAGACCAGCAUGGCGGCAGCAGCAACCCCGGGGAUGACGGCCUCGAGCAACUCUUCCGUGAUGGGUGGCAAUUACAUGAUGGGAGCUUCUGCUGGCGGUGCCGCCUCCAGUUGCUGCGCGAACAAUUUUGAGGCUACGCCAACAUCGGCAGUGCCGUCAUUGACGGUACCCAAAAACAGUGUUUUACUGGGCGCGCUCUUUGAGGAAGCUAGAGCUGCGUCGUCGCAGAAAGUGAAGGGAAGUAUGGUGGGUGGAGCGAAUGUGGGAAGAGCUGAGAGAGGAAGCCAUCAGGGCAUGCAGGACAACCAGCGUUGGGAGAAUAUUUGCUCCGCUCCGGCAUCAUCUCUCAGUGGAAUGAUAAGACCUUUGGAAGAGGUAGACGACGAUCUCUCAAGUCUUCUCAUGAACUUCCCCUCAUCUGCAAUCUCGGAGCCUGACUGGUUCCGGGGCGCCUACUUAACCCCGCAGUCAUCUGGCCCGAACAACGGUGGUAUCCUGAUUGACGGCCCCAGAGGCCCGCUGCCAUUGCCCUCUCAAGUUUCGACUGUGCCGGCCACUGAACUGGAAUUGAACUUGUGCACGCCAUGUUGGAACAACAUGCCCGGCAUCUGUUGA